AGAACACAACCAAUGUUUAUGAUGGACAAUUUAUUUUCCCCGCGCAAAGUCAACACAACACUGCAAAAACGCACAACAAUUAUUUGACAUUUUUUGGUUUAGACUUUCGUGAGGCGGACAAGGGGCGCACACCGAGACUCAGUCCAGGAGAGGAACUCUGCGCGCCGGCUGUUUGUUCAACUUUUCCCUGCACGGAUACCAUCCGUGAUUAUUCGUUUACGAUGAGUCUCUAUCACCCCCGACUUCAGCAUCUCGGGGUACCACCUCCGUCGCUCGGCAUCUCCAACCAUCCCCCGAUGGUUUACCUGUAUGGCGGGGAAAACAGCGGCAUGGUUCCCGCGCUGAGCUUCCUCUCGGCGCGCCAGCAGGAGCCUCCUCAAAAGCCCCCCUACAGCUACAUCGCGCUCAUCGCCAUGGCGAUCAAGAACGCGCCGGACAGGCGCGCGACGCUCAGCGGCAUCUACAAGUUCAUCAUGGAUCGCUUCCCAUUUUACCACGACAACAAGCAAGGGUGGCAGAACUCCAUCCGCCACAACCUCUCGCUGAACGACUGCUUCAUCAAAGUGCCUCGGGAGAAAGGUAGACCCGGCAAGGGGAGCUACUGGACCCUCGACACCAAAUGCCUUGACAUGUUCGAGAACGGCAACUACAGACGGAGGAAACGGAGGCUCAAGAGCAGACAGCAGCAGGAGAGCGACUCACCGUCUGGGACCAAGCGGGCGAAGGUGCCGGGGGGACAGUCCGGCGCUCGACCGGCCUUUGCAGAGGCGCUGUGCGGUGAGGAUGUAGGUAUCUCGCACAAGGGAGCAAUGAAGCCCAAAGAGCCCGCGUAUGCGCCCCGGGAUCAAAGUUUAAAGCCCAUUCUUGCAGAGUUGCAACAUUCUGUCAUGCAGCAAAACACCCCAUCGAGAAAGUCCACGGAGAGCUUCGGCGCAGCAUCCAACCGGAGACAGCAACCGGUGCCAAGAGCAUCCGUUCAGCGUUUCGCGCCGCCAGCACAGGCAUCCACGGCGCGCGUGGAAGAUCUCCCAGAGCCUACUGUCCGACAAGAUAAAGAAGAUGAAGAGGCGAGGUCCGUUUUCAGCGGGCGAGAGAAUGGCCAGCUCAGUAUGUUGGUGCAUGACAAAACCAAGGGAAUUAGUGUUCCACAUCACGAGGGCAGCAGGCCCACUGAUAGAUCACAUUCAUUCAGCAUUGACAAUAUAUUGUCCAAAAACAACGUCAAUAACGCGGACAAGGUUUCCUUCCUUGGGUUGAGUAAAGAGACAGAGUGCCAAAGCCCUUAUGGGCCAUCUUUUGUCCUCGGUAUGCACGCACAUCAACUGUACCAAAUGGGACUUCCACUAUGUUCCUACAUAUCUCUGCCUUAUCACGACAAAGUGCAUUUUUUCUAAACAAUUGCGUUUGAAACAAAAAGCUCACUUUAACUGUUCAAAAGUUAUAUGCCUAACCUUUGACUGAACUGGGAUAACGAGUUGUGACUGUGAGAUAACUUAUUUGUUAAACAGCAUCAUAAUUGUUAUCCAAACAGACUUUUUUAAUGAUGGCAGCCUGUCAUAAUCAUGGCCUUCUUCAGUGUUCAUUCAUAUUCCUCUAUAAAUAGAACAACUCAAGAACUCUUAUAUUUCUUGCUCAGUUGAUAGUAAUUCAGGUAUUCUGCUUAGGAAAUAUACAAUACAUAUCUUUCUUGAAACCUCCCAUUCAACAGCACUAUUGCUGAACGGAUGCACAGCUGUCUGUUUAAAAUCCUGCAGAAAGCUCUUAAGUGCAUACGGAUGUUGUCAUUGUCCAUGUAAAUGUUUAUUGAAUAUGGGAUGUAUCUUUCUCUCUUCUUUCAUAAAGGGACAGGGUUUAAUCUACACGCAUAUGUACAUGUUCAGAUAAAUCUCUCCUCCAAGAUUUAGAAAGGUCCUUCAUCAAGUGUAUAGAACUC